AUGUCGACUGUUCAAGCAGAUAUCAUAGUAGAACAAGAGCCAAAUAUACGAGUUUUCAACUUUACGCUGGCAGCGGGAUACAAUCGUCACCCAUCGUCGCUGGAGUUGAAAUCAGUCGCACUGAACGUAGCGAAAAACAAUAACUUUCAAGGUGACAAUAACAUACCAGUAGCAGCAACCUUGUUCAAACCCGAACCAACUACGAAGACCCAUCAGAAGCCAUCAAUGUCUCACUCCGAAUCUGGUAGGCUUGUGCCAGAGCAGCUCUAG